AUGAAAAGUGUACCGGGAUCUUUAGGAACAACUGCUAGCAUUGCUUUGAGGUUUGGGCAGGUCAUAUUCUCUUCAUCGUCUAUAGUCUUCAUGUCUUAGAUGUCUUUAGGAGUUGCUAUUCCAUGGAGUUUCACUUUGGCGAUACUCGAUGGAUAUUCCAUCCUGGCUAAGUUUCCCGUACAUCAAUCUGGCAUUUUCAUGGUUAUCAUAACAGGGGACUUGGUAUUACCCUUUCUCACACUAGCAGCAGCAAGCUCAACUGCAAGUCUUGUUGAAAUUCUGCUAAAAACAGAUGUAUCCUUUUGUCCCUCGAGACUUUGUAGUAGAUAUCAGAUAUCUGCAGCAAUGGCUUUCAUAAGGGAAAGCAAGUCUAUUGGUGCAGAAGUAAACUGGGGUGUCAGAUUCAAUAAUGCAAAUGAUGCUCAACACUUUCUAAAAAAUCUAUACAAGGAGGUAGCACUUCGAUUGCAGGGAUGUGGAGUGCAAGGAAGAGCUUUUACUCUCAAGGUUGUGUCUAAAACAUUGUAUGAUAGAUUUUUGUUUUAG